GUUUUAGUUUAGUUUAGUCUGUUUAAUGUGGUAGCCACUGACGGGCACGGCAGCGCCAGCGUGUUUAAGGUUUAUGUCGAUCCAUGUGCGUCGCUCUGUCUUGGCCUCGGUCUGUCGUUUGAUAUAUUUUUGAGAACAACUUUCACUUUCUAGAACUUUAUGGCACCUAUAACUUGAUAAAAUUAAAAUUAUAACCAAAGCUAUACCUAUACAUAUACCAAUACUAUAAUUAACUUUAGAUUUUUUUAACUUAAAUUAAAAUCAUAUUUUGAUAAAACAAAAAAGAAAAUAUGGUUGAAGAUCUAAAACGAGAUAUUUUCUGUUCUGAUUUCGGCAAAACAUUUGAUCGAUGCAACGUCCAGCAAACUCAAACUCAAACUAAAACUAAAACGGAAACAAUGGCCUACAAUAUCGAUUGGGUAUUCCCACGCUUAAUGCAUCCGUCGAAUUUAUGGUAUUUUGCGAGUACGAUUGCCAUAGCUGCCGUUGGAUUAUUUAGUAAAAUACUUUUAGUUUUCUGUAAUAAGACAAAAGUUUACAACCAAGAAAGACUGAUUGAUGCGGUGUCGAAAAGACCGCCAGGUAUACCAUUACUAACAGUAUCAAAUCAUCAUUCAUGUUUUGAUGAUCCCGGACUAUGGGGAGUUCUUCCACUCAAACAUUGUUGUUCUAGAGCCAAAGCACGCUGGUCUCUAGCUGCUCAUGAUAUCUGUUUUACGAAUAAAUAUCAUUCGUUGUUUUUUAUGUCUGGAAAAUGUAUUCCAGUUGUACGAGGAGCUGGUGUCUAUCAAAGUGCUGUGGACGUUUGCAUACAAAAGCUCUCAAUAGGCGAUUGGGUGCAUCUGUUUCCUGAAGGCAAAGUGAACAUGACGAGAGAGUUUAUGCGACUGAAAUGGGGUGUUGGUCGAAUGGUCUACGAAUCACCGAAAAUACCAAUUGUUCUUCCAGUGUGGCACGAAGGCAUGCAUGAAGUUCUUCCAAACAUAGAACCCUAUAUCCCAAAAUGGGGCAAAAAAGUGACCAUGAAUGUGGGUAGACCGAUCGAUUUGGAAGACUUUAUUCUGGACAUGAAGAGAAGAAAUGUUCCCGAACCAGAUGCUAGAAAAUUAAUUACUGAUAGGAUACAAGAUGAAUUACAGGCAUUACGAGUAGAGACCGAAGAACUACAUAGGAUAUAGUCCAGCUCUAGAGGUCUAUUUAAAUUAUAUCUAGCCUUAGGAUUGUUAAAAUAGUGAACGACAACUAAAGAUUUUGCUCACCACGAAUAGUGUUAUUUGCAACACACUACAAAGUCACAGGCGUUUUAGAAACCGAACACAGAGACACACAUAAUCAGUUUUCUUUUUAUUUUUUUUAAUAUUAAUGUGUUUUUCUUUUUACAAAACAACCACCUGAUAAAUUGUUUUCAAUUUAUGUUCAACUAAAACGAAUAUAUAUAUUUCUUCCGUUUUAAUUUUUAAUAUCAAGACAUUUAUAUCUAAAUGUAACAAUCAAGCUCACAAAAAUAAGAAUAUCCUACCAUUUCAAGGUAACUGGCGAUGUUUUUCUAAUUAAUAUUUAAUGAUAAUGAGAAAAGUAAACAACUAUUGUAAGAGACCAUACACUCCUCACCUCUUUUGGCUUUGAUAUUAUUUUCUAUGCAUUUUUGUUAACAAAUCUAUAUUUCGCUUAACAUCCGUGACAACAUAAAUUAAGAAAAAAACUAAAAAUACAAAAAAAAAAGUAUUACUAUCUCUUUGAGCUUGGAACUAGAUCUUAAGUCAAUAAGAAAAACAAAACAAAAGUGAAACUCAGCUUUGAGAUUGUUAGAACAAUUUAUUAAGAACUCAUAUUGUAGCAUAAAAUGCAUUCGAAGAAGUGGAUCAGAAUGUUUCAAAUGAUUUUAUUUUACCAAAAUUGAUCUUUAAAAAGAAGAAGAAACAAAAACAAAAAGCAUUGUGAUGUAAGACUUAGUGAGUUUUUUCCUAAUAAAAAAAUAUCUAUAAGAUGCAACUGUU